CUGGAGUUUCACUUUACCCCCACUUACAGAUCCCGUAGAUCUUUCAUACGAGCAAUCUAAUGCGAAGUGGCUUUUGCUAAACGAUUCCGGUCCAAACAAUUCCUAUUUAUCCUCUUUAGUCAAAAUUGACCAAACUCUUUAUGUAUAUGGUGGAUCCGGACCCGACCAUAGUUUUUCCCUAACUGAAAAAAGUUCAUCUUUUAUUAUGAAAAUGAAAUGCAAUUGCUCAAAUAGUCUGUGGAAGUACAACCUAUCAAGCAAAGUUGGAUGGCAAGAGAUCAUUUACUCAGGCUUAGGUCCAGGCAAACUGUGUACACCUACUGCCAACCAGUUUGGUGACCACAUGCUGAUCACAGGCGGUUGCAGUAGCUACUUUGAAGUGCGAUUUAAUGUCGAGACGCAACUUCCAGAAUAUCGCUGUCCAUUGGAACCAGCAACGGCAGGCGUGUGGAUGUAUGACCCUGCAUCUGUACGAUGGUUGCGGUUGAUCAGUCAACCAGCUUAUCGCGACACCAUACUCGGUCCGACGGUUAUUGUUUGGAACGACCUUCUCUUGUAUUUCGGUGGAAUUCCAACGAAUUCACUUUCAUCAGGCGACAUCUUGGAAGACUGGAGUGGUUUUUAUAUGUACAGACCGGCCUGCCCACCAGGCACGCAAAGUGCUGAUAUUAUGAAAUACGCGUGUUCUGAUUGCUCUGUGGGCUCUUACGCUGCCACGUCUAAUUCCAGCUGCUCUCGAUGUCCACUCGGUCUCACCACAUUAGGUAAAGCGUCUACAAACGAGGAAAUGUGCAGACAGUGUGUGCCCGGAUAUUGUGGUCACGGUACAUGUACUGUUACGUUGAUAGGUCCGGAGCCCAACUGCGUAUGCCAAUUCGGAUUUACCAACGAUGAAGACGGACUGUGUACCGUUCCAACCUACUAUAUGGCUGGAUCGGGAUUUCUAGCAGGAGUCGUUCUUCUUGCACUCGUCGCCGUUAUGGUGGCCAAAUUUCGAAGAACAAGAAGAAAUCACGAUGACAUGAUCAGACACAAGGAGCUAGAGUUAACAGAGCUCACUAACAGCUGGAACAUCGACUCUAGAGAGUUAGCACUGCGACAACGGAUCGAUCGAGACUCUCCCGGAGGAUACGGCGAGGUCUAUCAAGCGGAGUAUAGAGAGAUGAUCGUGGCAGUCAAGAAGUUGCAAGGAAUCCAUCAACAUCUCGACAGAAUCGAGUUGGAGUUCGAGCGGGAGAUCGAGGUGAUGAGAACCAUUAGACAUCCGAACAUCGUUCUGUUUCUUGGAGGCGGUCGCUACCAUGACGACGGUUGCCCAUUUCUCGUUGUGGAGUAUAUGGCUAGAGGGUCAUUGGCGGCGAUUCUAAAAAACGAAGACAUCGAGUUGGAAGAUAGUCUGAAACUAAGGUUUACUCUAGAGGCAGCCAAAGGACUGAGAUUUCUUCACAGUCAACGUCCUCCUCGUGUGCACCGUGACCUUAAGAGUGGUAAUCUGUUGGUCAGCCAGCGAUGGGUAGUCAAGGUGGCCGAUUUUGGAGCAGCUCGAUUGGUACGAGAAGAAGGCAAGAAUCAAGAGUCUGUUAGAGGAGAGGGACCACUCGAUCCAGAAGCUCCACUACUUCAUGCAGACUAUCAGCUAUCGCUGUGUGUGGGAACGCCACAUUGGUGUGCACCAGAGAUACUGUGUGCAGACAAAUACGGAACACCUGCGGAUGUCUACAGUUUUGGUAUCGUGAUGUGGGAAAUUUGGUCAAGAAAAGUUCCAUAUGAAGAUUGUCAUUUCCGUUCUGUUAUCGACUUGAAGUCAGCCGUUUUGAGGGGAGUAAGGCCUACCAUAUCUGAUGAUACACAAAAUGAUUACGUCAACUUCAUGCGUCGCUGUUGGGCAGCAGACAGUGCCGCUCGACCUUCGUUUCAAGAAGUGGUGUCCCGGAUAGAUGAUAUGAUUGAGGGUGACGCUCUUGUCAGUGAGGAGAGACAAUACAGUGGCGUAGCCAGGUGUACCGUUUGGAGGUUGCACACAGAAUCUGAGACUGAUGAGACACAGAAGUAUCCGUUGAUUCAAUGAAAACAAUGACUGCGAACAUUAAUUACGUGCUGAUAUCUAUCUUAUCUGUAUACUAAUAAAAUUGACGGUGUUUGUAUGUAUAUA